AUGGCUCCCCUGACAAAAGCAGCUGCCAACGGCGUUGCUGCUGCCUCCGCCGCCAAUGGCGAAGUCAAUUAUGAGCCCAUCAAUGUCAUUAUUCCUAUCGGCGGCAUUGGCUCCCGCUUCGCAAAGGAAGGCUACCGCUACCCGAAGCCCCUCAUCAACAUCGUCGGCCGGCCCAUGCUGCUGUGGCUCAUUGACAACCUGAGCCUCAAGCCCGGCGACACCCUGUGGAUGGCCAUCAACGAAGAGGUCGACGACGAGUUUAGAAUCGGCCAGCUCGUGAGCAAGACCUUCUCCAAGAUCGACUUCAGGCUGCUGCGCUUGCGCCAUCAGACCAAGGGUGCCAGCGAGACGCUCUACAUCGUCACACAGAGCAUGACCAAGAAGCAUCUCGAGCGCAAGACGGUUUCCCUUGACUGCGACACCAUCUACUGGGCCGAUGUCCUCCAGGACAUUCGCAACAUGCCCAAGGGCCAUGGCGGCUGCUUCUACUUCCCCGAUGUCGGCGACAAGCCCAUUUUCUCAUACAUCAAGACGGAGCCUACCAAGGACGGCUUGGAGCGCAUCGUCGAUAUCCAGGAGAAGAAGGCUAUUUCCAACAAGGCGAACACGGGCGCAUACGUCUUCCCCUCUGCCGGUCAGCUCAAGUCGUGGGCGGCUGAGAACCUCGACAUGAAGAGACCCGACGGCUCCGAGGUGGGCGAGUACUACACCUCGCAGAUGAUCGCUCUCAUGAUCCAGAACGGUGUCCCCUACCUGGGCAUGCCCGUUAGCACCAAGGAUUUCAGCGUUGUCGGCACGCCAGAGCAGCUCAAGGACCUCUUGAAGCUGCUGAAGACAGACACAUCGAACCUUCCCAUCAAGCUGAAGAAACGCCGCUUCUGCUUCGACCUCGACAUGACCUUGGUCGGCGUCCCCGCCGUGGCCGGGGACUACUCCACCUGCCCUCCCAUUGAGAAGAACAUCCGUCUUGUGCAGCAGCUGUACAACGCAGGCCACUACAUUAUCAUUCAAACGGCCCGUCGCAUGCGGACACAUCACGGAAACCUGGGUUCCGUCCUUGCGGAUGUUGGCCCUGUCACAUUUGCCCAGUUGGCCAAGUACGAAAUUCCUUAUCACGACAUCCACUUCGGCAAGCCUUAUGCCGACGUCUACGUUGAUGAUCUGGCAGUCAAUGCCAACUUGGAUACCAUGCGUGAAAUUGGCUGGCUUCUGGACGAGCACGACCCCGCCGCACUGAUUGGGCCCGAUGCCGGAACUGCAGAGGAGGCGAAGAAGGCCGGCAUGAUCGCUGCGCGCGACUUCAACACCAUCCAGAUCAUCGGCGACAAGGUGAUCAAGUCGAGCAAGUCGGAGAACAUCCUCGGCGAGCUCUUCUUCUACUCCCACAUGCCCGCCGAGAUCGCUCACAUCUUCCCCACCGUUUACAACGUCGACUACAUCCCCGACACGACCACGUACAACAUCACCAUGGAGAACCGCCGUGGCUUGACCUUCUCCCACCUUCUGGUCGGUCGCUCGAUUACAAAGGGCCGCCUCAUCUCCUUGUUGAAGGCUCUCCACUCUGUUCACACUACGGCCAGCACCGACAAGGCUACCCUCAACAUCCCCAGCGCUCUGGAGAAGAAGUUUGAGGAGCACUCCCUGGCGCGGGCGAACCACCGUGUCAACAUUUACGCAAACUACGGCUCGAAGCUCCGCUCUCGGUACUACCAGCACCAGGAGAAAUACGAUGCUCUCGGUCCCCUUGCCGCGUCCCUAUUCGCCCGUAUCAACGAGUUCCUCGACACGUACGAGGCUGAGGAGAAGGGCGUGCACGCUCAGGUUAUCCACGGUGACCCCGUCUUCAGUAACGCCAUUCUCUCCAAGGACGAGAAGCUCGUCAGCUUCAUCGACGUGCGCUGCCAGCUCGAGAACACUCUGACCCCCGAGGGUGACAUCCACUACGAUCUCGGCAAGGUUUUGCAGUCCCUCUGCGGCUACGAUCACAUUCUCUUCAUGAGCGCUAACAAUCACGACCUGCGCGGCGCCCUGGACGUUGACCAACCCCUUCUCGAUGAGGCCGACUCGGACCUCCUUGAGAAUCUGCAGGAGUACUUCUUCACCUUCCUCGAGGAGACGUAUUCUGUGCGCCUGCACCGCAAGACUCUCUUCCGCAUCACUGCCUCCCUCUUCUUUAGUCUCAUUCCUCUACACCGGCCGGAGCUGGGCGCCGUAUUCCUGCGCAUGUGCAAGGAGACUCUCGACAAGGCGAGCAACAUCAACUACGGCCCCGGUGCGCGCUCUACGGCAGGCGUCACGCUCAGCCGGCGGGCGAGCUCCAACUUUGGCUCCGAUGAGAAGGCCCGCGAGAUGCCUAUCGUUUCCGGCAAGGGGGAGAAUCUGUCCAUCCCCAACGUCGUGGUCACGACGAAGCAGUAG